AUGAGAAGACAACUUUGUCCUAAUCAGGGAUCUUCCUACAAAUAUUUUGUAAUUAGGAAGCAUGGCUGGGGACUUUCUGGUCUCAGAAGAGUAUCUUCUGUCGUUGGAAGCACCCAGAUCGAUGAAUAUUUUCUCAAAGAACACACAACAAGAGAUGCAAAUGUUCAAGCCAGGCCUUUUAAAGUUGCGCAUCUGCAAAAAUGGGAGCUUUCGGACGUGAUAAACAAGUCUUUUGGAAAACCGAUAGGCCAGGUCACCACUGAGGUUGAUCCAACUACUGACGACAACGUACAGAAAGCUGUUCAGUUUAUAAGAGAUUUGGUUACACAGAAGAAGUAUCCAGAAUUGUUGCAAGCAUUACUAGAUAUUGGUGAUAAAAUGGAUGUUUUGAAGCCUGGAAUCUCUGUUGUUGAAAUGUCUCGGAUUCUGGAUAACCUUUAUAUGCUAUUGUCGUCUCGGUUAUUAAAUGAAGUCGGAGCAUACUCAGCUUUGAGGUUAAUAGUUGCCAAUCAUGAGUAUAAGCAGGCCUACGAUAUGUUAGAGAAAAUUGAAUCCGAAAUUUCCAAAGGUUUUCUGGUAUGGACAGUGGAUCUCCUGAAUACCAAACUGGCUCUUUUUACUGACGCUUUGCCAUAUAGAUGGAGUUUUGGCCAAGAAUCUAAUAGGCACUUACUGAGAGACAAAUGCCUAGUAUCUUUUAUUUCCCGUUCGCCCAAGAAGCUAGACUCUAUUGAGAAUAUUACUUCUCUUUUACAGGAGAACGAUAUUACUCCCACUUUGGAAACACAUAAUAUUCUUCUAAGAUCAAUCGCUGCUAUGAGAAACCCUGAAAUGCUUCAAACCUAUAUACGAUCGAUAUGGGGUAUUUCUCUGAAUGAGGAGCACAAACCAGUGGACAUUAGAUCUCAUUUCUAUCCAGAUUUACACACUCUUAAGGCUAUAGUGGAAUCAUCCACCCUGAAUGGUGAGUUUAUGAUGUCACUAGAUUAUGUCAACCAUUUCCUUACAAGUUACCCAGAUAUGAGCAUCGGAAGAAAUAUGUCUUUUUGGACCAGCUUAUUCAAAUGUGCUGAGAUUCAUUCCCAAGAGUCACUAGUUACACUUGCGGAUGGUAAGAUUCAGGUAAACAGGCUUUUUGAUGAUCUUUGGGAUCUUAUGAACUCCUUCUCUCGACCCAAUUUUUCUCUGUAUCUUCAACGGAUCAAUUUUUUGCAUAAGCAGGGUCGAAUCAAUAAUUUGAAGCAGCUCCUGGUCGAGUUACAUGCGAAAGCCAUAUCAACUAAAUUCGGAUUCAACUCAGAGGCACACAGACGAAGCAUUAUCUUACUAACCACUGCACUGAACAAGUUAAGUCGGAAAAUGAUCAGCAUGGGAUUUUACGAACAAGUUUUGGACCUGGUCAAAUCUUUCUCAAUAAGCACGGCUAUGGAAAAAGAAUCUCUAGAGUAUGUUGAAAAUUUGCAGGAAAAGUACGUGGUUUCAAUGCUUAGAAAGAGAAAAGCAGAGGUUGAAACAAUGAAGAACUAUAAUAGUGAUGAUGACGAUGGAAUGUGGUGA